UCUGUGCUGGAAACGUCGUGUUUCGUUUCGUUUCUUGUUGAUGAGUACGUUAUUUAUUUAAAAUAUUUUCAUUACAAACAUUCGUGAAGUUUGUUCGAACGGUCUUCGAUACAUACUUUUAGUGCACCACUUUAUUGAAAAUGGGUUCAAGCAGUAAAAAGCAUAAGGAUCGUGAAUCUAGGAAAAAAAGACCUGCAUCAGAGUUGGACGAAGUUGAGUCGCCUAGAGAAAAAAGGCACAAGCAUCAUCAUAAACAUAAGCAUCGUAGGGACAAAGAAAAGAAAAGGGAAAAAUCUAAACCAAACUACACAAGUGAUGAUUCUGAUGUAGUGGAAGUUCAAGUUGAACAGAAUACAAGAAAAUCAUCACCUGAAAGGCCCAGUGUUAAUGCAAGCAAUUCUGAAGAAGCAAAUAAUGGUGCUUCUGUUGAUAGCUUAUCUAUUGAAGAAACAAAUAAACUAAGAGCCAAAUUAGGAUUGAAACCACUAGAAGUAGGUUCAUCUUCCACAUCACAUAAUUCUAGAGAACCAGGAGAAAGUGAUGAUAAAUAUAAAGAUGAUUGGGGUGAAUUCCACCAUAAGCCAGCAGAAAACUGGUCAGACAAAGCACAACAAGAAAAAAUACGGGCCAAAUUAGCUGAACAGAAAGAAAAAAGACGACUCCAGAGUCGAUACUCAAAGGUUAAAUCGCUUGGACAAAGUGAUAGUGAAGAAGAUGUUAAUUCUUGGAUCGAUAAAAGUCGAAAGCUGGAUCAGGUUAAAAGGGAAGCCGAAAGAAGGGCUAAGGCUUUGGAAGAAUUAGAUGCUCAAUUUGGAAUCAAUGAAAUCAUUGAAUCUGAAGUGAGAGACAGAAAAAGACACCAGUACACGGCCAGAGACCUCAAAGGCUUAAAAGUGGAUCAUAACAUUGAUGAUAUUAUAGAAGAAAAAAAUGUUAUUUUAACACUUAAGGAUAAAGGUGUUUUGGAAGAAGAAGAUGAUGUUUUGGUGAAUGUAAAUAUGGUGGAUGACGAAAGGCACAAAAAGAAUCUUGAGAACAGGAAAAAAAGCAGCGUUUAUAACAAGUUCGAAGAAGAGUUCGAUCAAUUCGGCAAUCCCAUUGAAAAGUCGGUACUUUCUAAAUACGACGAGGAAAUACACGGCGAGAAGAAAGAAACCUUCACCCUCGGUUCAGACAUAUCGUUUGAAGCUAGGAAACAGCAGGCGAUAAGCGAAGCUGAAAGAGCUAACCAAACAAAGAAGAAAUUAGAGAAGAUUGCCGAGAAAGAAUUGAAAUUGGCCUCGGAGUAUUACGACGAGACGGAGAUGGCCAAAUUCAAGAAACCCAAGAAGAAGGUUAGGAAAAUCAGACCCAAGGGAAAGCUGUUAUCCGCAGAUGACUUGGAAAACAUGACUAGGGAAGCUAAAAAUGUCGAUUCGAAAAAAUUUAAUAUCAAACUGGAUGACUUGAAUAUAGAUGACACACCUGAAAUUAGUGUUCCGACAGACUUCAGCAUAGACGAAAAAGAUGAUGAACUCGAACAGGCCAUACACAGGGCUAGGAAAAUAAAACAAAGGGAAAAUGUGGUUGCAGAACUCAUUCAAAAUACGGUCAUCAAAACGGAAAUCAAGGAAGAGCCCAUCGACGGUAGUAUCGUAUUGAACACAACUGCAGAAUUCUGUAGAACUUUGGGUGAUAUUCCAACUUACGGAAAAGCAGGUAACAGGGAUGAAGCUGAAGAGUUGGACAUGGACUUUGAAAGCAACGUGAAGGAAGAUAAUUCCGAUGAAGACGUUGAAAUAAUCGAACCAACAGGUUGGAACAGCAUCGAUCCCAACGUGUCUGUUAAAGUUGCCGAAGUUAAACCUCAAGAGGUUCAAAUUUUGGACGAAGAACCAGACGUUAGUAAGGGAAUGGGAGCUGCCCUCAAAGUUGCCAUGAGCAAAGGUUACCUUGAAAAAGAAAUCAAAAACCGGCCGAGCAAUUCAAGGCUUGCUCACUUACAAGCCCAGCAUUAUUCAAUCGAAGACAAAGUGUAUGGGGAAGACGGUGAAAGGGGAGGCAGGAGAGGCGAUCGUUAUGCUGGACCAAUACAAGAUUUCAAGGAAAAAGAUGGAUUCAAACCCAAUGUCAAGUUGGAAUAUAUCGAUGAUGAUGGAAGAAUAUUGAAUUCAAAAGAAGCCUUCAGAUAUUUGUCACAUAAAUUCCAUGGGAAAGGGCCAGGAAAGAAUAAGGUCGAGAAGAGAAUCAAAAAGAAUGUACAAGAACAGUUGAUGAAGAAGAUGAGUUCUACUGAUACACCAUUAGGAACACUCAACAUGUUGCAAGCAAAACAGAAAGAAAGCCAGUCCCCUUAUGUGGUUCUUUCAGGAAAUAAGCAGUCCCAAAGUACUAUGAUUUCGAAGAUACCAAGGCACUAGAUACAAAGCAAUUGUAUAUUAUAAAUAGUAAUUAUUAUAGUAGAAAGUAAUAAAAACAAUGUAAUUGGGUAA